AUGGGAUCUAACAUCGUCGUUCCCACUGGCCAGGCUGAGGCCAAUUCAGCACCAGAUCGAAUCAAGUUUGCCUACUGGGUUCCCAAUGUGUCAGGCGGGCUUGUUAUAUCCAAGAUUCCGCAGCGUACUAAAUGGGACCUGGAGUCGAACAUCAAAUAUGCCCAAACUGCGGAGAAUGUCGGCUUUGAGUACGCUCUCUCACAAAUUCGGUUCAUGGCUGGCUACGGCGCCGAGUUUCAACAUGAGCCCGUCUCCUUCUCUCAAGCCCUGCUCCACCAAACCAAGAAGAUCAAUCUCAUUGCCGCACUCCUACCUGGUCCAUGGAACCCCGCGGUUGCAGCUAAGCAGAUCGCAAGUAUCGACCACUAUUCCAAGGGGCGAGUGGCGGUGAACGUUGUUUCAGGAUGGUUCAAAGCCGAGUUUACAAGCAUUGGCCAAUGGUGGCUCGAUCAUGCUGAACGCUAUCGACGAUCGAGAGAGUUCAUCGCUUGUCUCAAGGGCAUCUGGACAGAGGACAAAUUCACUUUCCGAGGCGACUUCUAUCAGUUUCAUGACUACACACUUCAGCCGAAACCUUUGAAGUGGGAAGGCAGGGAUCACCCCGAGAUCUUUCAAGGUGGUAACUCGAUUGAUGCAAGGGAGAACGCCGCAACAGUGUCCUCGUACUAUUUCAUGAACGGAAAUACCCUCGAAGGCUUCCAGACGCAGAUUGCUGAUGUCAGGGAGCGUGCUCGUCGCGAAGGUCGAGAAGACCAAGUCAAAUUCGCGGUCAACGGAUUCGUCAUCGCGCGCGAGACGGAAGAAGAGGCAAUCCGGGUCCUGCAGGAGAUCCAAGGUAAGGCGGAUAAGGAAGCCGUUGAGGCAUUUGGCGAUCAAGUGAAGAAUGCAGGAGCAUCGACCGCCAACAAGACCGGCAUGUGGGCCAACAGCAAGUUCGAAGAUCUCGUGCAAUACAACGACGGAUUCAAGACGAAACUCAUUGGGACGCCCCAGCAGAUUGCUGAUCGCAUACUGCUUCUGAAGAGUCUGGGUAUUAGUAUUUUGCUGACAGCAUUUCUCCACUACGACGAGGAGAUUGAACAGUUUGGAAAGGAGGUCAUUCCUCUGGUGCGCAAGCUGGAGGCGGAAGGCAGAGGAAAGGACGCUGAGUAUGAGAUCAAGUUGACAGGGGAUGUGUACAAGGCCAAGGAGCCAGAGGAGGUGAAGAGCUCGUAA